UCGUCUUCAAAUUUUGUGGCUUUGGAAAAUGGAGGCUCUGUCCCCAAAGUUCGAGCUCAGCCCAGUACACGUCUCCACUAAAUCAUCAAAACCUACUUCGCUGCAAUUCUCUUCGUAUCGGUUGUCGUGCUUGAAUCGCAGUUCGGGCCAGAGACGUUGCUUUUCGUUGCCUUCUUCUUCGAAUGGUCAUUCCGUUCGAACAGAGCCGGUCAGGAGACCGCCGUCCGACGGCCAUGAUUGGAUCAAGUCGAUUAGGAAAGGCUUGCUUGGUUGCGCGGCUGCAGCCACGGCCUUGGCUUCGGUCUACUGCGACUCUCCCGCUUUCGCCGAGUCGCUAACGGUCGCCUUCCCUGUUUCCCGCGCUAGUGAGGUGAAUACAGUGCAAAGAACUCUUGUGGAGGCUUGGGGUUUGAUUCGAGAAACAUUCAUAGACCCAACUUUUAAUCAUCAAGAUUGGGACUCAAAGUUGCAGCAAACAAUGGUGGAAAUGUUCCCCUUAAGGUCAUCUGAUGCCGCCUACAACAAAAUCAAGGGGAUGCUUUCAACCCUUGGAGAUCCCUUUACUCGGAUUAUUAGUCCAAAGGAAUAUCAGAAUUUUAGGAUUGGUAGUGAUGGCAAUUUGCAAGGAGUUGGCCUUUUCAUAAAUACUGAACCUAAAACAGGCCAUCUGGUUGUUAUGUCCUGUGUGGAGGGUAGCCCUGCCGAUCGCGCUGGUAUUCAUGAAGGAGAUGAGUUGGUUGAGAUAAAUGGUGAGACCCUCAAUGGUGUUGGUAGUGAAGCAGCAGCACAGAAGCUUAGAGGGCGUGUUGGAACAUCUGUUACAGUAAAACUUCACUCUGAAAAUGAUUCAGGAAGAGAUUCGAGUAUUAGAGAGGUCAAGCUAUCUCGCGAGUACAUUAAGCUUUCCCCGUUAUCUAGUGCUGUCAUCCCUCACAGAAUGCCAGAUGGCCGUGUAACAAAGACUGGUUAUGUGAAGCUAGCAUCAUUUUCUCAGACUGCUGCUGCUGAUAUGAUAAAUACGAUUCACGAAAUGGAAAAUCAGGGCGUACACUCUUACAUUCUAGAUUUGAGAAACAAUCCAGGAGGAUUAGUUGCAGCAGGACUUGAUGUUGCCCAAAUAUGGCUAGAUGGGGAUGAGACUCUCGUGCAUACAAUUGACCGUGAUGGGAAUAUGUUACCCAUCAACAUGGUCGAUGGUCAUGCAAUAACACACGACCCUCUUGUUGUGCUUGUCAACGAAGGAAGCGCAAGUGCAAGUGAGAUUUUGGCAGGUGCUCUACAUGACAACGGCCGAGCUGUCCUUGUGGGUCACAAGACUUUUGGGAAAGGAAAAAUUCAGAGUGUCACGGAGUUACACGACGGAUCUGCUCUUUUUAUUACGGUGGCGAAGUACCUGUCGCCUGCUCUUCACGACAUAGAUCAAGUGGGGAUAACACCAGAUGUACAGUGCACAACAGGCAAGCUCAAUUCAUCUAAAGAAUUCCUCUUUAAUGGUAAAAGUUCAGUUUCAUCUUUAGAAGCAGAUUCUUGUAUCAUGGUCGCCGAACACCAGUUGGAUAUUCAAGAAUAUAAAGGAACAGCCUCUUAGAAGAAUCUCGGAUUACCCAACUGGGUUUUUUCACCUUCUUCGAUUGUUAUUACAUAGUGAUUUAUAUAAUAAUAAUAGUUUUAAAACUGAUUAAACAGAUAUAUAAACUAUUUCCAGUAAAAUUUCUUUGUAUUACGAAA